AUGUCUUUAAGAAAAUUAAGGAACCAGAUGUAUAACAAGAAUUUGCCCGGUUAUGGUGCAUUAACUGAUGAAUUUAUUGCCGAUGUGAUUGAAUUCAUUAAUUAUGCAAGUUCACAACCUGAGCAAAUGGAUGGAUCAUUAAUAAGGUGCCCAUGUAAGAAGUGUGAUAAUUUGAAAUUUUUUAGCCCGAAUGAAGUGAUGCUUUACCUUUGUCACAAAGGAUUCACAGCCAAUUCCUUCAACUGGACAUGUCAUGGAGAGGCAAUGUGGCAUGAAGAAGAACAAUUUGUGGUUAAUCAAUUGCCACGACAAACUAAUUGGUGGGAUCAAGGAUUUAGAAAUUUUGAAGAUACAGGUUGUAGCUUUGCUCCACAUUUUGAUUUUGAUGAUGAUGAUGGUAAUUAUGGUCAUGAAAAUCCAUCUAUAGUGCAUGAUGAAGCCGGCUCAAGUCUCCAACAACCACAUGAAGAGGGAAAACCAUCUGUUGAUGAGGUAGUUCAUAGUCCUCAAUGUGAUGAUACAACAGCUUUAUGUGACAGCUUCAUUGGUUCGCUUAGAGGUGUCGAUAAACCUCUAUAUGAUGGAUGCAAAACUUAUAUGCAGUUAUCUCUGGUUGCUAAAAUGCUAAUUAUGAAGCUUGAAUACAACCAAUUUUUGAAUCACUUUAAUGAGAAUGCGAGAGUGUUUAAGAACUCACUGUCUCGUGAAAACACAUUUCCUGAGAAUUUUUAUGGUUAUAAAAGGUUAAUAUGUGACUUAGAUCUUCCUGUGGUGAAAAUUGAUACUUGUAGAGACGGAUGCAUGUUGUUUUGGAAAGGUGAUGAGCAUGAGGAAUUCUGUAAGUUUUGUAAGUUGCGAAGGUAUAAACAAAGGGAAAGGACACUUAAUAACCCUUUGCAUAAAAGGGUUGCGUAUGCUAUAUUGAGGUACUUGCCAUUAACUCCAAGGUUGCAGAUAUUUUACGCUUCAAAGGUGACUGUGCCAUAUAUGACAUGGGCUACUCAUGAAACAAAUCAAGGGGUCAUGUGUCAUCCUUCUUAUGCAAAAGCGUGGAACCAUUUUGAUGGAACUCAUCCCAGUUUUGCUUCAGAAUCUCGCAACAUUAAAUUAGGCCUUUGUGCUGAUGGGUUUUCCCCUUACAAUAAAUAUAGGUAA